UUGACACAUACUGCGCGAAAACGACCUGUUUAAAAUGUCCUAGCGCUGAUGGAACAUGUUCCCACGAGACUUUGCGUGGGGAGCGGGAACUGCUGCGUAUCAAAUUGAAGGUGGCUGGCAGGCAGACGGUAAGGGGGCGAGUAUCUGGGACACGUUUACUCACGAGGGGGGCCGAGUGUUCGGGGAGCAGAAUGGAGAUGAGGCCUGCAGGAGCUACGAGCUGUGGGACGAGGACCUGAAGUGCAUCCAGACGCUCGGACUGACACAUUACCGUCUGUCUCUCUCCUGGGCCCGCCUCCUGCCUGACGGGAACACACGACACGUCAAUCAAAAAGGGGUGGAGUACUACAACAAGGUGAUUGAUGAUUUGCUGGCCUGCAAUGUAUCCCCCAUGGUCACACUUUACCACUUCGACCUGCCUCAGGCUCUGCAGGAUCAGGGCGGCUGGAAAUCAGCAGGUACCGCGACCCUGUUCGACAGCUACGCCAAGUUCUGCUUCCACACAUUUGGCGACCGAGUCAAACUUUGGAUCACCAUCAACGAGCCCUACGUGUGUGCCAAACUGGGCCACGAGGACGGCAUCCACGCCCCGGGGUUAAAGGAGCCGGGGACUGCCGCCUACCUGGUGGGCCACAACAUGCUGCGAGCCCACGCCAUGGCCUGGCACAGCUACGACUCUCUGUACAGGGCGCAGCAGGAGGGCGCCGUGUCUCUGGCCAUCAACAGCGACUGGCUGGAGCCUCUGAACGCAGGAUGCACCGAGGAUAUCGCUGCCACUGAACGCCUCCUCGCCUUCACACUCGGGUGGUUUGCCUGGCCUGUGUUUGUAACAGGAGAUUAUCCAGAAAUAAUGAGAUCAGCCAUCGACGCUCAGAGUGAGAAGACGGGCUGCAGCUCGAGACUGCCCAGUUUUUCUAAGGAUGAGCCAGCCAUUCUGGGCACAGCAGACUUCUUUGCGCUGAAUUACUACACGUCUCGUAAAGUGAAGCAGGGAGGAGGUUGUGGAGAGAAGCUGUGUAUGAAGAGCGACCGAGACGCAGGAGAAGUUUUGCACCCGUCCUGGCCUAUCUGUGGUGUGUCCUGGCUCGCUGUUGUGCCUCAAGGCUUGAGGAAACUUCUCAAGUACAUCAAGAACAAUUUCAACAACCCAGCGGUGUACGUCACAGAGAACGGCUUCUCUCAGGUGGGCCCGCUGCAGACCGAGGACGUGCAGCGCGCCGAGUUUUACAAGGACACCAUCGCAGAAGUGGCUAAAGCUCUACAAGAAGAUGGGGUUAAUGUCCGUGGAUACUUCGCCUGGUCACUGCUGGACAACUUCGAAUGGGCGGAUGGAUUCAGCGUCCGUUUUGGAUUGUUCCAUGUGGACUUCGCUGAUGCAAAGCGAAAACGAACAUUAUACCGGUCUGGACGGGAGUACGCAAAGAUCAUCUCGAAAAACAGAUGUGGUCAAUCUUGAAGAUAAAACUUAAUACAAAUAAUUAGAAAUCCACGUUGUACAGCCUUAUUAAACUAGCAGAUUUUGCAUUAUA